GUACAUAUACAUAUUUCUUCUAAUACUUACCCUCCUUUGACACAUUCAUUUUUUUUUCCAUAUAUAAAUACUUGCCAAAUACAUAACAUAGCUAGCAAACCAUAUAUAUUAUUUCCUAAUAAUUUAUAAUGGCUCCAACUUCUUUAUGUUGCAUCUCCAACACUGUUUGUGUUAUGGGUUCUUCUACUCAGUUCGGUUCAAGCUUGAUUAUUCGGCUACUUGAAAAGGGCUUCAUAGUCCAUGCUGCUAUUCAAAAUCAUGGUGAUGAAGUUGAGUUGAUGUCAAUAUGUGACAAGAAGAGAUUGAAGGUUUUUUGUUUGGACCUUUUUGAUUACCAUAGCAUAAUUGAUGCUUUGAAAGGGUGUUCUUGUCUUUUUUACUCCUUUGAGCCUCCCAAGGAUCACUCCACUAUUUAUGAUGAAUAUAUGGCAGAAAUAGAGGUAAGGGCAGCACAUAAUGUAUUGGAAGCAUGUGCACAAAUAGACACUAUAGAAAAAGUUAUAUUCACUUCCUCAGCAACAGCAAUUAUUUGGGGAUUUGAUGAUAAAAAAUUUUCAUCUCAUGUUGAUCUUGAUGAAAAACAUUGGAGUGACAUCAAUUUUUGUCGUAAAUACAAGUUAUGGUAUGCUUUAUCAAAAACACUAGCAGAGAAAACAGCAUGGGGUUUAGCUAUGGAUAGAGGCAUAAACAUGGUGUCAAUAAACUCAGGAUUAUUAAUGGAUCAUGAUUUAAACAUCAAAAAUCCUUAUCUAAAAGGAGCUAAAGAGAUGUAUGAAAAUGGAGUUUUUGUAAGUGUUGAUGUUGAUUUCUUGGUGGAUGCACAUAUUUGUGUCUAUGAAGAUGUGUCAAGCUAUGGUAGAUAUUUGUGUUUUAAUCACAUCAUUAAUACAAUUGAUGAUGCUAUUAAUCUUGCCAACAAGUUGUCUCCUUUGCCUUCUUCUCCUCCAAGUUUUGGGAAGGAUUCAAAGAUAAUCCAACAGAGGAUAAGCAACAAGAAAUUGAACAAAAUCAUGAUCAAGAAGAUUGAUGGGCGCAAAAUCGAUAUAUAAAAUUGAAACUCGUAUUUAUUAAAGAUAUUAUAAAAAAUUAUUGAAUUUAGGAGAAUUAGGAUAAUUGUAUGUUAGUUGAGAAUGAUAAAUUACUAUUUGAAAAUUCCAAUUGUUUGUGGAAAAUCAAGAAGUCUUCUUAGUUGUUGUAACUCUAUUUAGUCAUAUUUUGCU